AGUUUGCCAUUUCUCCCGUUCCAUUCCAUUCCCACUUCCGAGAAUCUCGCCGCCCACCCACUUCACACUCCCCGUCGCGAUCGGUCGCCUGCGGCCCUGCAACUGUGAGCUCCUUCCGGGCGCGGAAACGGGUGGAGUAGGGGGAGGAAGGAUGGAGGUGGACCUGUCGCACGGGGCCGUGGCGGCGUUGUCGCGCCACGACCACGAGGCGGAGGGGCUGCGCCCGGUGCUGCAGGUGGCGGGCGCGCCGCGGCUCGUCGGCUCCUCCCCGGCGGCGGCCAAGUACUGCCUCGUGCUCUCCGACGGCGCGCACCUGCUGCAGGGCGUGCUCGCCACCUCCCUCAACCACCUCGUCGCCGACGGCGCGCUCCGCCGCGGCAGCGUCGUACGCGUCGUCGACUACGUCUGCAGCUGCAUCCGGAACCAGAGGGUCAUUGUUGUGAUCCAACUUGAGAUACUGCAAUCUGAGCGUGCACUGAUCGGCAGUCCAACAAGUGAGGCCAAUGCAACUCAACUUAAUGUUGUGUCCUGUUCUAGUAGCCUAGGCAACGAGCCUUGCUUCAUUCAAGGGGUUCAAGCUCAACAAGCUGUUAACAUCUCAUCAUGUUAUCCUGGACAAGGCUGGUUGUAUUCUUCACUUCCUCUAAGGGCAGAGCAUGCUUUGAGCAAUUUGCCAUUUGGUGGGUGUUAUGGUUCUAUGCCAGCACAGAACACAGUAGCUGCCAAGAUGCAGCAGCUUUCACUGAACAAUGAUCAUCAAAAUCAGACGUUUGAUGCUGCUAUGACAAAUCGGGCCUUUGGAUCUCCUGGUAAUGCCUGUGGAAGUCCCUUGACACCUUCAUAUCUGCUUUCACCUCCAAUAUCUAUGGAUAAAACCCAUGUUCUUAGGAAUGAAUCUCCUCUUCGCAUUACUCCAAUUAAUGCACUGAGCCCAUACCUAACUAGAUGGAAGAUUAAGGCUAGGGUGACUGCAAAGAGUGAUCUUAGGCACUUCACGAAUGCCAAAGGUACUGGAAAAGUAUUCUCCUUUGAUCUUGUUGAUGCAGAGGGUGGAGAAGUUCGUGCAACAUGCUUCAAUUUGCAGGCUGAGCAGUAUUUUGAUCUAAUUGAGGUGGAUAAGGUGUACUUGAUAUCUGAGGGGCCACUGAAACCAGCACAGAAGAAGUUUAACCCUUUGAAUAAUGAUAAUGAAAUAUUUGUGGAUCACAGAACCUCUAUAGAGAUAUGCUCUAGUGGUGAUGACAGCAUCCCUAAGCUGCAGUACAAUUUCCAACAGAUCAGUGAACUUGAGAAUAUGGGAAGUGGUGCUAUUGUGGAUUUGGUUGGGAUUGUUAUGUCAAUUGGGCCUUCAGCUGUAAUAGUGCGAAGGGAUGGCGCCGAAACCCAGAAAAGAACUCUUCGACUGAAAGACAUGUCUGGUCGGAGCAUGGAAAUAAUCUUCUGGGGCAAAUUCUGUGAUGCUGAAGGACAGCAACUGCAGUUACUGUGUGAUUCUGGUUCAAACCCUAUACUAGCUCUGAAAGGUGGCCGCAUCAAUGAUUUCAAUGGCAAAUCUGUGGUCACAAUCAGCUCAACCCAGUUAAAAGUAAACCCAGACUUGCCAGUGACUGAAAGGCUGAAGCAGUGGUACAUGGCUGGAGGAAAGAUUGCUCCUUGCGUUUCUUUGUCUCAGGAUAUAUCACGCAUAAGCAGAACCUAUGCGCUGAAAACAAUUUCCCAGAUCAAGGAUGAGAACCUGGGGCGAUCAGAUAAGCCUGAUUUUAUCACUGUCAGGGCUGUAAUCUCACAUGUGAGGGAUGAUAACUUCUGUUAUCCAGCUUGCACCUUGGAGUUUAAUGGUAAGCGAUGCUACAAAAAGGUGACAAGAAAUGGUGAUUGGACAUGGUAUUGUGGUAGAUGCAAUGAGAGCUUUGAAAACUGUGAGUACAGGUACUUGCUUAUGUGUCAGAUCAUGGAUCACACCGGCUCUACUUUUGCUACUGCGUUCCAAGAGGCUGGUGAGGCAAUAGUUGGCUACACAGCUCAUGAACUUUUCAUCAUUCGGAAUGUAUUUCAAGAUGAGGCGCGGUUCACAGAAAUCAUGGAAGCGGUCCUUUGGCGCAAAUGCCUAUUCAAACUGAGAAUCAAGGAGGAAACCUUUAAUGGUGAGCAGCACGUGAAAUCCAACAUUGUUGGUGUCGAAAAGUUGGAUGCGUUGGAUGUGAGCCAUCAUCUCUUGAAAGAGAUUGACAACCGUUUGAAUGGCCUUUCAUGCUCUGCUCCCGAGGACGCUUCGUCCAACAACCCAAAUGUUGGUGCUGCCAGUUUGGGAGCCGGACAGGGCUUGCAGACCUCCAGUCAUGCCUAUGAUGGCUAUACCACUGGUAUGGGUGGUUCAGGUCCAGUCUGUCAGUAAUCAGGGAGGCUGAUGGCCUGUGUUUUGUAUGCAAUCAGCCUGAGCACUGGGCUAUGAAGUAUGAACUGUCCUGUCCGAGCUACUUGGCCGGCUGUUAAACACCUGCCAGAUGAAGUGGCUCUAUGCAGUUUGCUUUUGCUUUAGCACCUACUCUAUAAUGUGCAGUAGUUAUAUUUGCGAGCACCAAGUUAUGUCCCGGGAACGCAGUAUGUCCUCGGCAAGCUUGCGUUACUCUGCAACCUAUGUUUGUAAGCACUUCAAUGGGCUAGCUUUUAGUUAAUGUUAUGUUCUAGAGUAGACUGUUUGUUCAGUUCAUCGACGGUUUGGUGAUAUCAUGGUUUUUCUUCAGCA